AUUUCACAUUGCAUAUAUCGGGGUGUACAAAAAUCGGAAAACCUUUUUUCUAGGGUUCAGUCUUUUGGAUAAAGCAAAAAAAUGGCAUCGACGACGCCAGCGGCCGAUCCUGCUGCUUCUGAUUCCGAUAAAGAAAUCGUCGGUACCAACCAUUCGGUGACGAGCCCUAGUUCUGAGCCUAACGUCACUUCCGAUGCCUUAACGACUACCAGUCAGUCAAGUCCACCUUUAGUUUGCCUCUUCCGGUUUGCCGGAGACUCCGCCGCAGGCGCGUUCAUGGGCUCUGUUUUCGGUUAUGGUUCGGGACUAAUUAAGAAGAAAGGGUUUAAAGGAUCAUUUGGAGAGGCGGUAUCAUCUGCUAAGACAUUUGCAGUUCUGUCUGGAGUCCACAGUUUGGUUGUAUGCUUCUUAAAAAGGAUUCGAGGGAAAGAUGAUGUCAUAAAUGCAGGGGUAGCUGGAUGCUGCACUGGUCUUGCUUUAAGUUUUCCAGGUGCACCCCAGGCUCUUCUGCAGAGCUGCAUCACGUUUGGUGCGUUUUCCUUCAUCAUUGAAGGCCUUAACAAGCAGCAGCCAGCAAUGGCACAUUCGUUUUCUUCCAUGACCCAAAGAGGUCAACGAGACUAUGGGAUACUUCCGCCAUUGACCCUUCCCCUUCCCAACGAACUUAAAGAGUCGUUUUCUUUCUUCCGGAAAGCCAUCGAACAACGAAGCAGCAAAGUCAACUUCCGUCGUGGCUCACAUUAAUCAUUGAUUGAGGUUAUAAGUCUCUCUCUUCUCUUCUCUUCCCUUCCAUACCCUUCUAGAAGUUUUGCCUGCACCCGUCGUUUGUAAAUUUGCAGUGACACACUUCCCGUUUUUCCCUAGAUUCUGCUUAUCGAAAUGUCAUGUUGUAGUUGAUAAUGAGGCUGUGCUUUUUCAUGUCGUUUGACAAACCGAAAUACUGAUCUUUAAUGUCAUAACCGGCUUCCCUUUCGUCUCU